CUUCCACUUUUCAAAGUCCUUUACCAACCUGGAAUUGCCAUCUUCCAACCAGCCCAAAGGCAACAACUACUUUUCCCUAACUUUCAAUUUAGAGAUUUGAGCAUAUAAAUGAACGUUCUCACUAGAUCAGCCCGUGCAGCAUUGAAGCCUCUUUCUAUGGCCCGUUUUUACGCUACUGAAGCACCUGCUGCUUCUGAAGCUCUUCGUUUAACCUUUGUUGUUCCUCACAAGGCAAUCUACAAAGGUUCUAAUGUUCAACAAGUCAACUUGGCUGCCACUUCUGGUGACAUGGGUAUUCUUGCCAAUCACGUUCCCUCUAUCGAACAAUUAAACCCUGGUGUUGUUGAGAUCAUCGAAAGCGGUGAUAUCACCAAGAAGUUCUUCGUUUCUGGCGGUUUUGCUACCAUCAACCCUGACAACUCUCUCAACAUUAACGCAGUGGAAGCUUUCCCUCUUGAAGAAUUCUCUGCUGAGCGUGUCCAAGCCGGUCUCGCUGAAGCUCAACGCCAAGCAGGUAAUGCUAGCACUGAUGCUGAAAAGGCUGCUGCAAAGAUCGAAGUUGAACUUUAUGAAGCUCUUCAAUCAGCCUUAUCCAAGUAAAUUAGUCGAUCGUAUUUAAAUUGUAAUUUAUAAAAUCCAGCUACGACUACCAAAUGACAGCCUAUAUCUCUCUUUACCCCUCUCUUCUUGAAGUCAACCAAAUGAUAUUACAAUGUACAAACAAAGGAUUUUGAUAUAAAGAACAUUGUGUUGGUUUUGAUUGUACUGGAGAUUAAUUUUUCAAUUGUUUCAAUAAAAGCAAGCCUUAUUUGGGAAGAAAAAAAAAAGGCUAAUCAAAGAAAA